AAAAGAGGUACGUUUGGUGUGGAAAGAGAGUAGUACCAAAGUCUAACGAAAACUACCAGUCUACCAGUAUUCCCGAGCUCCAACGAUCUUCCCACAACCCGGAAUUACCAAAAACCUAAACUACCAAAAUCCUCCAUUUUAAACCUUUUGAGCUCAAUCAACUUCAUCAAUGGCGUCGAAUGGAGCUUCUUCGAAAAUGGAAGAUACUGAAGCUAGUCUUGAGAAGAUUAAACGCCAAUUAGCUUCGAAUUCUGGUCGAAAUCUGUUACAAGGCCCUCUUUAUAAACGAUCUGAAACUUUGAGGAAAUGGAACGAGAGAUGGAUGAUUUUAGAUCCUAGCACUGGGAAAAUGGAAUACAAGUUAAAGCGAAAUGAGCCAAAUGUCAAAGGAACCAUUUUAUUUGAUGCAAGCAGCGCAAUUACCCUGUCUCCUGUGAAUUUCCAUGGACUACCAAAAUAUGAUGGGUGCUGCAUCUAUAUCGGAACCCCGCAGAAGAAAGAUUAUUUCCUUUGUGCAGAAACUCCUGGUGCUGCAAAAGCUUGGGUGUCAACAUUACAUGCGGCUCAGUUGGUCCUAAAGGCUCAUAAAGAAGCUGUGAAUUCAUUAAGUGGAAGUGGCUCUUCUCAACUUGGUACGGUUGCUACUGUUGUUGCUGCUGCAAACUCAACUGCGCUAGAAGCCACAAAAGAAAUAGAAGCAGCAAUGAAGGUUUCUUUGAGAAAUGCUCUGGGAUCAAUGUUGAGCAAACCUCCUGAAGGCCAAAUGGAUGAUACAGCAAUCAUGAAGGAGACUUUACGGGUGAAAGAUGAAGAACUACAGAAUUUAUCACGUGAGCUGCGUGCAAGGGAUUCUGCAAUAAAGGAAUUAACUGAAAAGCUAUCUGAUACUGCUCAAGCUGCAGAGGCUGCUGCAUCUGCAGCUCAUAGAAUGGAUGACCAAAGGAGAAUUGCUUAUGCUGAAAAGGAGCAGCUCAAAGAGGGUUAUGAGAAACAUUUGGAGUCUACUGCAGUUAAGUUGAGAGAAUCUGAAGAGAAGGUUGUGGCUCUAAGUAAAGAAAUAGAUCAACUGAUUAAACUGCGAGAUUCAGCUAUUCAAGAGGCACAUUUAUGGAGAAGCGAACUUGGGAAAGCUAGAGAACGUAAUGUGAUAUUAGAAGCAGCUGUUGUUAGAGCAGAGGAGAAGGUCAGGAUUACAGAAACAGAUUCUGAAGCCAGAAUAAAAGAAGCUGCACAGAAGGAAUCAGCAGCUUUGCAAGAGAAGCAAGAGCUUCUGAAUUAUGUUAAUGCACUACAAAUGCAGCUUCAGAGUGACAGGCAGCAAAUCGACACGAAGCAAGUCUUUGAGAAGGCUGAGACUCGUUCUGACAUGGAAGACACCCGUCCGCUAACUAAGCAUGUGGACUCAUCUGAUGAGAAUGUUGACAAAGCAUGUUUAAGUGUCUCAAAAACAGUUCCUGUCGCCGAGGAUGGUGCUGUUUGCUUAUUAGAAGCAGACCAAGGUAAUGAGCACCCGAUUGGUGAUGGUCAAUGGAAUGAUAUCCAAGCUACAGAAUCAAGAAUAGCCGAUGUAAGAGAAGUUGCCCCUGAUUCAGAGGGAAGAAGCUUAGACAUUUCUGUAGCCAGCUCGCCGUUAAAUGAUCAGCAAGAGUAAGGAGGCUCCUAUCCUCAAGAUCGACAAUGAAACAUCCAAGGGUAAAAGGUAGAAAUUUACUAGCUGUUUGAAUUACUUUAAAGCAGUUUGUGAUGUACAUGAAAGCGACGACAGGAGCUCCUUCCAUUGCAGGAACUCUGGAAUUAACGAUUGUAAUUCUUGUAGAAAUGCGAGGUGCUGAAUAUAGCGAGUUUUCCUGGGAUAGAACAAGAUUUGAUAUGGUUUACAUCUUGUUGAGAUGGAUGAAACUUUAUGAAACCUUGCCCGAGGAUGAGAAAUUUGUACAACUCAUCUCAGAAUUUCAUUAAUCACUUUAUUACAAAGUUUUCAAUAGGAUAAAUCUUAUAAUCUUAUGCGUGGUUUAUUCGAAGUCAGUGGUGUUGAUGAAAU